AUGGAGCCGCUUCCACUGUGUUCAGAUAAUCCCAAUUACUUCAACGACGACUGUGCCACGUCCGUCGGCGUCGUUGUCGGCGGCGGUGGCGGCAGCAGCUCGGCUGGACCCGAGAAGAAGCAUCGGUUCUAUCACUUGAAGCGCCUGGUGACCUACUCGAAGCUGAAACGGUCCGCCACCACGAUUGAUGGCCACUCGGGUGGACCGACGGCGGCGGCAACCGGUGGCGGGUCGGAGUACGGCUCACCCCCGGCCCGUACCUCGUCCCUGUUCCGGUACCGCAGCAACAGUGCCGGGUGCUCGGGAGGGCCGAUGACGACGAAUGGCGACGGAGGCGGAUGCGAGAGCCCGUCCGCUAGCGGAGAUAGUCCACCCGCAGCAUUCUGCUUCAAUCAAGCACCACUCUCGCUGUUCGUCCCUGGGGGCCGCCCGGGACUGGCGAUGACGGCGGAACGGCGCAGGCAUUCCUUUGGCACGUCGAUGCACCGCCAGCUGGGACCAGCGGAAAACAAUGGCCGCGGCGUGAUGAUGUUGAAAAAUGAAACCUCCAUCGAUGAGGUCCCCCACUCGCCCGCCCCGAGGGCGCCCGUGACGGGUAGCAGCGCCAACGGCAACACAACCGAUCCCGGAUCGACGCUGGCCGCCAUGGAUGUGCUGCUCGUGACGGCGCGCCACAGCGAGCACGGAAUGCUGUGGGUCAACCAUCUGAAGGUGUGCUUCGACAAGAUCACCAAACAGCGCGGCCGCCUUCCGUUCAAAUUUCUGCACAUCAAGCUCGAUGAGGACGCAACCCAACAACCGGCCCACAUCGUGCAGCAGUGCGAAUCGACGAAGCUGCAGAUUGUGAUCGUGUGCCCGGCCUUUAUGGGCCUUUCGACGCCACUGCUGAGCGCGAAGCUGAGUGCGAUCCUCAACCCGUGCCGCGUCCUCGGGAUGCUGCUCGACGUGGCCGAACACGAGGUGACUGAGUUCGCCAAGGCGGCCCUUCCGGGCUACGGCAAGUGGCGUACGUGCUCGGUACGCGACAAGGACACGGCGUGCGUCAGCGAGCUGCUCGGAAUGGCCACGGACAUUCUGGGGAAAGCGUUGCGUCAGCAGACGAUCCUGCACCGGACGCCGUCUACCGAGCAGCCCCGGACACCGACUUCGCCCACCAAGCCAAGCGGGGCGGCGGCGGCGGCGGGGACGGCAGCAGGCCACCGUUCCCACGAGUCGUUCGUGCUGUUCCCACGCAAGGUGAAGGUGGGCCAGAGCAAAAUACUCGCGAUCCUGCACGAACCGCUCAGCAAGGAGGACUGGAUAAAGAUCAAGGUGGAGAAGGCGGACCGAACGAUCGAGAUAACGAACAUCAAGCGCCGCAAUCCGUACACCAUCCAGUUCAACGUGCCAGAAAUCUGUAUGGAGAUAUCGAUGAUGAUCAAGAUCCGGCUGGAGAAGAACAACGUCGAGAUCGGGUGCCGGCCGCUCAAGUGCGAGAGCCAGAUGCGCGAGCUCGAACAGAUCCUGUCAUCGAAGGACGCACCGAUGGAGCUGAUCUGCCAGUCGCUCGGCCUCUCGACCAACGACCGGGAGAAGCUGGACACGCUGCUGCUAAAGGCGUUCCUGAGAAACGUGCCGCCGAACUACAAUCUGCUCAACUUCGGGUCAGGCGCUGGUGACGCCGGGCUCGGUUCUCACCGUGACAUCUACCCCGAAGAGUACCCGACGUUGCUCCAUUUCGCCGCCAAAUGGGGCCUGGAGCGGCUCUGUAUGCAGCUGAUCGAGUCACCGGGCGGAGAGAUCGCGUGCGAGAUGCGCAACAUCAGUGGCCGAACGCCGUCGGAUGUGGCGGAAGCGGCCGGUCACUUCAAGAUUGCCAGUUCGCUCAAGAACUUCUCGCAAAUGAAUGAGUUCACAACGAUGUACCACUACUUCAAGGGUGUCAGUGGUGCGUGCCCGGAUCAGGUCAUGAUUCAACCGAAGCAACUCCACCACCAGCGACCGACGGUAGCGGCGACGGCCAACGGAGGUGCCGUGCCGGCGGCAGGUGCGGUCAUCCGUGCGGAAAACAAAACCGACGCGGAGAAGAUUCUGUCGCACGUGCACGCGCUCAAGCACGCGGAGGGUUACAUCGACAUGACCGCCUGCGUCAACGGCGAUCAGGUGGACGGUGAUGGUGGUGGUUGUGGUGGUGGUGCUGGUGCUGGUAUCGCCGUCGCCAACAUGAACUAUCUGACCGAGGUGGCACUACUAGCACCGUCGGUAGCGCCGCCACCGGAAGAGAAGGACGUGUGUGGCGAGAAUGAGCACAACUUUGACUUUGACGACGGCAAGCGAGACAUUGGCGGCGGCGGGUGCAACGGAUCGCUCCGGUCGACUGGAUCGUCGUCGGAGCGCAGCAAGUACGAUAUCUUCAGCAACGAGUGCUCGAAUCUUCUCGAGAGCUGCGACGGCGGUGGAUCGAGCACGGACCACGAGUACCUGUACCAGCCGUCGAACGCUCCGUUCACCCCGACGAAGCCGUCACCAACGCCCUCCGAGCCGCCGAUCGGGGACUACAUGAUUCAACCCUCGAACAUACCGGUGCACGCGUACUGCAACGUGGAGGUUGGCGUACCCGAUGGGGGCGAGGCCACGGCGGGUGGCGAAGAGCAACCGUCGCACGUGCGGCUGAGCUUCCGCAAGGAGGAACCACCGUCGGAGGACACGUACGGGACGACGACGGCCGGGUGUCCGCGGCGCAAGGACAGCGGCCCCGGCGGCGAGCGGACGGUCGACGACGAGCUGCUGGAGAUCAUCUCCGACUUCAAGAACAACGUGUUCUCGAUCCAGGAGGUGGAGCAGCUAGUCACGCUGUGGAAGAACCGGAACGACGUGCAGCAGAGCUUCCGGGAGAAACAGGACCAGCUGCAGCGGAUGCGUGAACACUACGAGCAGAUCCAGCGGGAACUGAAGGACAAGCUGAAGCGGCCGACCCCGUUCGAGCGCAUGAAGAGUUUCUUCUCUCGCGCUAAGCCGACCUCGGUCGCGUCGGCGGCAACGAAACCCGCGAAACCGCGUGCCACCGAUAGCGGCGGCCCCUCCGCCGGUGCGGCCCCGGGAACCGGGGAUGUCUUGUGUGACGAGAUAAAGUUUUCCAUGGCCGGUGCGGCGGGACAGAGCGUACGGCCGAACAGCCUUUCGCUGAGCGUCAACAGUGUGGCGAGCGAUGCCUCCGAAACGGUCAGCGUGAGCGGAAGCAGUACCCGGAGUGGUGGCCGGCGGCCGCCGGGCCAUCCGAGCACUCCCGAGUCCUCGUGCGAUGGGCGACGCCUGUCGCACAGCAAGUCGUGGCCCAAAGGAGCGGACCACGACCAGAACUACAUGAUACCACCGUCACCGCGGCCGGUCAGUGAAGAGCUCAGUGUGCGAUCCGGGCGACCCGGAGGCACGGCUCUGAACCGGUGCAGCAACAGUAGCAACAGUAGCUGCUCGAGUGGGGCCACUAGCAGCAGUUCCAGCGGGCGCGACUCGUAUCCGUCGCACGCCACCGCCAGCGGUAACGAGUCCCACUACAUCAUGUACCCCUCGAACGUACCAGUAUUCAGCGGCGCCGACUACAUGAACGUGCCGUCGGCGGCGGCGGCAGGACGAGACGGGUCGGCCGCAGACGACGGUGACGGUGGCCGAGUGACGUCCCCGGCCCGCCCGAGGCUCGGCCGCAGUCCGUCCGAUUUGGGCACAUCGCAUCUCAUCACCUUUCAGUCCAUAUUAGAGUGUAACGAGAGUGCCGAUCCGGCGGCGGGCGAAUGA